CUUAACCCUCUACAGACUGUGUCUCAGGCCACUUAACUAAGUUUUCACUGGUCAUGUCAGCUCUGACUCAUUUCUCUAUGCUUUCAGUAUUUAACUCUGUUGUUUUACAGAGCUGACUUAGCAACAAAGGUCUCUUAGGACCCAUGAACAUGUCAGGUCUUUACAUUUUAGCAGACACUCUUAUCCAGAGUGGCUUACAGUAGUGAGUGCAUACAAAAAUAAAAAUACUUAAUAAAAAUACACAGAAAAUACUUAAGUACUACUAUACUUUACUACUUAUAUUUUUGACAACUUCUACUUUUACUCCACUUCAUUCCUAAAGACAAUAAAGUACUUUUUUACUCCUUACAUUUUCCCUGACACCCAAAAGUAUUAGUUACAUUUGGAAUACAUAGCAGGACAUAAGACAUUUUCAAUUAUUUAUACUUUUACUUUUGACACUUAAGUACAUUUAAAACCAAAUACUUUCAGACUUUUACUCAAGUAGUAUUUUACUGGGUGACUUUUUUACUUUUACUUGAGUCAUUUUCUUUUCAGGUAGCUUUACUUUUACUCAAGUAUGACAAUUGGGUACCACUGACAUUUUCACACUUUUUCCAUACCGGUCCCCCUUGGGAAUCGAACACACAACCCUGGGUUGCAAGCAUCAUGCUCUACCAACUGAGCCACACGGGACCAGUUCAUCAAAUCUGCUGAUUGGAUCACAGCCCACCACACACCCUAUUACUGAUCGCUUGUCUCUCUACUCUUGAGGGGGUGCGAUUCAUUCGGACAGCCUACUCUUAGGAACCAAAAACCAGACACAAUCAGGGUAGUCUCCCCAGACAGACAGGCUGCCUCACACAAUUUAACAAUAUUUCAUCAUAUACGAUUGCCCAAGUGCCUGCGUUGGUUGGGGAGAGAAGAGUAGGCGGAAAUGGAACGCACACAGGAAAUCGUCCAGAGCCUUAUCGGUUAAUUUCCUGACAUAAAAAUGUCAACUGGAAACAACAUUGAUGGAGCUCGCAGACAAUAUUUUCAAAGAGUGCAUUUCCAAAGACUGGAAGGAUCACCAGCACAACUGCUGCCAGACCGGUGGGGCUGUGGCUGUCCAGGAGAAUGUGUCCAUGUCAACCAUAGACACUCACAGACACCCAAACAGACUCUGUAAAAAAAAAGCAAAGCUCUCCUUUCAACACCGCAGCGACUUGAGCAUGGCUUCCGAUUCUGACCUCAGCAAGUUGUAACGGAGGGGACUGCUAGAAGAAGAGCAGAAAGAAGGGAACACAUUGCUACUUUGGCACAACGUCUAGAAACUACGUGUGCAAGGUCAUAAUCAGCUUAUUGCACCCUGAGAGCAGAGACGCCUAGUUUGUGCACAAGUAUAAAGAGUGCUGAAGGGGAAGCACCCAUUCAGAGCUUCUGACAGAGAUUGUUGUAACCUCUCCGGCCGAUAUCAAUAAAGAUCUGUUCAUUUAACUUUGACUUGGAGUCCUUAGGUGUUAAUUUCCACGACAGUCUCUUUUCCAAAUGCGCCCUGUAUGAUACGGUAUAUGGUAAGCACAAAUAAAACAUCACAAAUCAGUUACAUUUUAUAAGUCCUCAAUCAAUACUUUAAACUGUCCGAAUGGCAACAGAACAUAAAGAUUAAAUGUAUUUUGAAUUUUGUUCCAGCAAUAAUGUCACGUUCUGACCUUAGUUCCUUUGUUAUGUCUUUGUUUUAGUUUGGUCAGGGUGUGAGCUGGGUGGGUAGUCUAUGUUGUGUUUAUGUGUUUGUCUCUGAUUGAGAAUCAUACUUAGGUAGCCUGUUUUCCCCCAUUUUAGUUGUGGGUGAUUAUUUUCUGUUUAGUUUUUUUCGUCACCUUACAGAACUGUUUCGGUUUCGUUUCAUUCUCUUUGUUAUUGUGUUUAGUGUUCUGAGUUUAAAUAAAUAUGAUCAUGAACACUUACCAGGCUGCGCUUUGGUCCUCCUCUCCUUCCACCGAAGACAACCGUUACAGAAUCACCCACCACAACUGGACCAAGCAGCAUGGUCACCAGGAGCAGAGGGUUCUGGACUCCUGGACAUGGAAGGAGAUUUUGGACGGAAAGGGACCCUGGGCACAGGCUGGGGCACACAGGGAGUGUGGCUAAGUCAGGUAUGAGACCUGAGUCAACUCCCCGUGCUUACCUUGGAGAGAGGUGGACCGGGCAGGCACCGUGUUAUGCCGUGAGGUGCACGGUGUCCCCAGUGCGCAGGCAUAGCCCGGUGCGCUACAUCUUAGCGCUUCGUAUCGGCGGGCUAGAGUGGGUAUCGAGCCAGGUGCUAUGAAACCGGCUCAGCGCAUCUGGCCUCCAGUGCGUCUCCUCGGCCUGGGGUAUAUGGCACUAGCCCUACGCACGGUGUCCCCGGUUCGCCAGCACAGCCCAGUGCGGUCUGUUCCACCCCGCCGCACUGGCCGGGCUACGGGAGUAUCCAGCCAGGACAGGUUCUGCAGGCUCGGUGCUCGAGACCUCCAGUGCGUCUCCACGGUCCGGUCCAUCCGGUGCCUCCUCCACGCACCAGGCCUCCGGUGGAAGCCCCAUGCACAAGGCUGUCUCUCCGUCUCCUCCCUCCGGGUGCUCCUUCAUGUCCAGCGCUUCCAGGUGCUCCCGCCUGUCCAGCGCUGCCAGAGUCUCCCUCCUGUCCAGCGCUGCCAGAGUCUCCCUCCUGUCCAGCGCUGCCAGAGUCUCCCUCCUGUCCAGCGCUGCCAGAUUCUCCCUCCUGUCCAGAGCUGCAAGUCAGUCAGGAGCUGCCAGAGACGCAAGUCAGUCAGGAGCUGAGGGAGCCGCCCGUCUGUCCUGAGCCCUGCUCUCCAGAUAUCCUGCGUCGGCUCUGCGCACUGGGUCCCCCUCACUGGGUCUCCCAUGUGUCUGCACAGCCCAGUGCGUCCUGUGCCUGCGUCCUGCACGUGCCGGGCUAAAAUCACCAUCCAGCCAGGACGGGUUGUGCAGGCCCUUAGUUCGAGACCUCCAGUGCGCCUCCACCACGCCUCCACGGCACGGUCUAUCCUGUGCCUCCAUUCCUCCAGGUUCUCCCACCUGUCCGGGGCAGCCAGAGCCGCCCGUCAGUCAGGAGCUGCCGGAACCGCCCUUCACUCCGGUGCUGCCGGAAUCGCCCUUCACUCCGGUGCUGCCGGAAUCGCCCUUCACUCCGGUGCUGCCGGAAUCGCCCUUCACUCCGGAGCUGCCGGAAUCGCCCUUCACUCCGGAGCUGCCGGAAUCGCCCUUCACUCCGGAGCUGCCGGAAUCACCCUUCACUCCGGCGCUGUCGGAAUCUCCCUUCACUCCGGCGCUGCCGGAGUCUCACUUCACUCCAGCGCUGCCGGAGUCUCCCACCUAUCCGGCGCUGCCGGAAUCUCCCGUCCGUCCGGUGCUGCCGGAAUCUCCCGUCCAUUUGGGACCCGCGGCAAGGGUCCCCAGUCCGAGGCGAGGGUCGCCGUUCCCAAGGUGCCACUUAAGUGGGUUAGGCAACUCAGGUGUCUAUACUUCAACAGCAAAGUUAGAUAAGACAGAAGUUUUUAACAACACACACCUGUUAAAUUAAAUGCAUUCCAGUUGACUACCGCAUGUUGCUGGUUGAGAUAAUGUCAAGUGUGUGCAAAGCUGUCAUCAAGGCAAAGGGUGGCUACUUUGACGAAUCUCAAAUAUGUUUAACACUUUUUUUGGUUACUACAUGAUUCAAUGUGCUAUUUCAUGGUUUUGUUGUAGAAAAAAAUACAAAUAAAGAAAACCCUUGAAUGAG